CCCCGGUGGCUUCUUCAGCACACCUGUCGCCAGCCCGGCCAGCAGGGACGGCGCCGUCUGGAGCACCUGUCAUGCUCUCGGGCCUCUGCACGGCGCUGGCAGGGCUGGUGCUCCUGCCGCUGCUGGGGAGGCUGGCGUGCUCUUAUUUCUUCCAGGACUUGUGGUUCUUCUUGAAGCUGAUGGCCGUGGGGCGGCGGGCCAGGCAGGGCGCAACGCGGCGCCCUCCGCGCACCUUGCUGGAGGUGUUCGGGCAGCGAGCGCGCCGGGCGCCCGAGAAGCCUCUCCUGCUCUUCCGAGACGAAGUCUACACCUAUCGGCAGGUGGAAAGGCGCAGCAACCAGGUGGCGCGGGCUCUGCGAGACCAAGCCGGGCUCCGGCAAGGCGACGGAGUGGCCCUUUACCUGGGCAAUCAACCCGCUUACCUCUGGAUCUGGCUGGGCUGCGCCAAGCUGGGCUGCGCCCUGGCCUGCCUCAACUGCAACAUCCGAGGACCGUCGCUGGUGCACAGCUUUCAAGCCAGCGGGGCCAAGGUCCUGCUGGCCGACCCAGACUUAAAAGCAUCCAUUGAAGACAUAUUGCCUACCCUGAAGCAAGAAAACGUGCUUGUUUAUUUCUUAAGUAGAACGUCCGACACUGAAGGGGUGGACAGUUUCCUUGACAAGAUGGAAGCUGCUUCAGAUGAGGCUGUUCCAGAGUCUUGGAGAUCAGAUGUCACUUUCAAAAGCCCUGCCAUGUACAUUUAUACCUCUGGAACUACAGGUCUCCCCAAAGCAGCAGUGAUUACUCAUCUCCGUGUAUUAUUGGCUUGCAGUUUGAUCACACUGAGUGGCGUCACUUCGGAGGACAUCAUUUAUACCACUCUGCCCUUAUAUCACAGCUCUGCCCUCUUGCUUGGACUAAAUGGUUGCAUCUUGCAAGGCGCUACCUUAGUAUUACGCUCAAAAUUCUCUGCUUCUCAGUUUUGGGAUGAUUGUAGAAAAUACAAGGUGACCGUCAUACAGUACAUUGGAGAAGUGCUUCGUUAUUUAUGCCAUGUGCCCAAGAAAGACAACGACCAGAACCACAUGGUAAGACUGGCUGUGGGUAACGGUUUACGGGCUGAUAUUUGGAGGGAAUUCGUCAGAAGAUUUGGAGACAUGCGUAUUUAUGAGUUUUAUGCGGCCACCGAAGGCAAUAUUGGAUUUGCGAAUUACACUGGGAAAAUCGGAGCUGUGGGAAGAUUGAAUUACUUCCACAAGAAAAUAGUACAAUACGAGCUCAUUAAGUAUGACGUGGAGAAAGAUGAACCUGUCAGAGAUGAAAAUGGCUAUUGCAUAAAAGUUCCUAAAGGUGAAGUGGGACUGUUAGUUUGCAAAAUCACCCAGUUGGUUCCAUUUAGCGGUUAUGCCGGAUCGAAGAGCCUGACCGAAAAGAAGAAGCUAAGAAAUGUUUUUCAGAAUGGUGAUAUGUACUUCAACAGUGGAGACCUUUUAAUGAUUGAUCGUGACAACUUUAUUUAUUUCCAUGAUCGAGUUGGAGACACAUUCCGAUGGAAAGGAGAAAAUGUGGCCACGACAGAAGUUGCUGAUAUUUUAGGAUUGAUCAACUUUAUUCAGGAGGUGAAUGUGUAUGGUGUACCCGUGCCAGGUCACGAAGGCCGAAUAGGCAUGGCAUCCAUCCGACUAGCAGAUGGUUGUGAAUUUAAUGGGGAAAUUCUCUACAAACACGUGACAGAUUACUUGCCUCUUUACGCAAGACCUUAUUUUGUGAGGAUUCAGGAUGCUCUUGAGGUCACUGGAACAUUUAAAUACCGGAAAGUGCAGUUAGCACAAGAAGGAUUCAAUCCGGCAGUUGUCAAGGAUGCCUUAUAUUUUGGGGAUGAUAAAGAGAAGGCAUAUGCACCCUUGACGGAAGACAUCUAUAACUCAAUAUGUAGCAACAGACGGAAACUAUAGUGCUUCUGAAUUUGUUACUAUUUUUGUUUUUUAAAAAUUAUGUUGUUAAAUAAUUUUAGAAAAUUGUGGAAAAUUGAUUUUUAGUCCAAUUGCACAUUUAUGCCUAGAUUUUGAGCUGGCCAUGCCUUUGGUCAAUAUUUUAGAGAUAGUGCUGAUGACCUUGGAACAAAGCUAUUCUGCAACUUCCAGACUGAUCUGCUAAUAUCGUUAUAUUCUACAUGUUUUGGAAUCUUUAAAAGUUAAUAGCUUGUAUAACCAUAGAUUGUUGUUGCUGUGAGAAUGGUUCCUAUUUGGGUAUAUCUCUGAUCAUGUGCAAAAUGAGGAUGUUCCCAUCCCGCAAGGCAGGGGUGGUAUUGAGCCGGUUAUAUCCGGUUCGGACGAAUCGGUAGCGGUGGCGGCAGGAGGCUCCACCCAUCCGGACAUCAUCACGUCCCAUAGCGGAAAUUUUGAGCAAUUCAGAGAACCGGUAGCGGAAAUUUUGAGUAGUUUGGAGAACCAGCAAAUGCCAUCUCUGGCUGGCCCCAGAGUGGGGAGGGAAUGGGGAUUUUGCAGUAUCCUUCCCCUGCCGUGCCCACCAAGCCACGCCCACAGAACCGGUAGUAAACAGAUUUGGAUUUCACCACUGAUGUAACGUGACUGUUGUAGCAGAUACUCUGAGCAAUCCCCAAACAUUCCUUUAUCUUAUCAUCUCGGAGUUUGGGAGCCCUUUUUCAAUGUUAAGUCUUCUACUUCUGAAAUACAUCACGUUUGCCAAUUUCUCAACUCACCGCAUCCGUGCAUCCUCUACCAUGGCAGAGUGGCUGUUUACUUGGGGUGCAAGCUGAAGAUCUCUGUGUAGGUCAGAAAGAAGUGAACUUUGUAUAUUACUCAGAGGUCACUCUCUGUGUAUCUCUAACCUCAACUUGCUCUCGGAUGCGCCUAUAAAAAUGUUUCUGCUGAUUUUCAUCA